UGCAUCGGAAUCAGCUCCUUGGUGGUCUUUGGGGACUUCGCGAUCUGGGCACAACAUUUGGGGGCUUGUCCGGGAUCCCCAAAACCCCCAGGACCCCUGAACCGGAGGGUCGGUACCGGCCAGUGAGUGUCUCUGUGUUUAUAAAGUUGUCUGUCUGUAAUUCGGGGGCCCAGUUUCUGAGUAGGUCGGCAGAUGGUCUAAGCGGACACGCAGGCGGGCUGCCGACCCGGGAUCCUGGCAGACGUUCCAGAUCCUUCUGGAGGGGACGGAGUGCCCCAUGAGUAUGAGUCUGUGAGACUCCUGGAAGGAUGGUGCGGGUCGCUCCCAUGGCAUGGCAUGAGGCCAUUGUCCUACUUUCAGUUUUGCCUCCGAGGAUUGUUUUGUCUUGUCUCUCGUUUCUCUGUUGUGCUUGAUUGUCUGUCUAUCACCGUGUGUUGUUGUUGUCACUUGACUUGGACUGAGACGAUGGGACAGACCGUGACCACUCCUCUGUCCCUUAUGAUGGACUAUUUUAAAGAGGUUAAAGAGUGCGCUCAUAAUCUAUGUCUAGAAAUAAAUUUAAAAAAAAAUCCAGACUUGUCCUUCUGUGUAGUUCAGAGUGGCCUUCCUUUGAGGAGGGAUGGUCCCCCAAGGGAACUUUUGAUUUGCAGAUCAUAUGCAGGGUCCGUGUAGCUGUCUUCCAUCCCUACACAGGACAUCCUGAUCAGGUUCCCUACAUUGUCACUUGGGAGAGUUUAAUCUGCGACCCCCCACCAUGGGUCAAGCCCUUUUUGCUUCCACAGAAACAGCAGCCGGAGGUAAUCCUGACAGCCUGUGAAAAGACUCCCAGAGAACGCGACGGAAAAAGACAAACCGAGACCAAGCCAACUGCCCUGCUUUACCCAGUUAUUCAAGGAGGAACUGAUGAAGCCCACUUGAGAUGAUUGUCAGCAGCUCCUCCAGAUCCUGUUUACAACAGAGGAGCAUGAAAGACUCCAGAAUGAGGCCAGAAAAUUGGUUCCUGGUGACAAUGGUCAACCCACCACCAAUGAUGAUACUAUCAACACUUCUUUUCCUUCGUCCCAGCCCAACUGGGACUUCCACACAGCAGAAGGUAAGGAGAGGCUCCGGGUCUAUCGCCAGGCUCUGUCGAGAGGUCUCAAAGGGGCUGCUCAAAAGCCCUGCAGCCUUCCUAGAAAGAAUUCAGGAAGCCUUCUGUAGGUAUACUCCUAUGGACCCAGAAGCAACUGAGACAAAGGCAGCUGUAAUAAUGGAUUUUGUCAACCAGGUGGCGCCAGAUAUUAGGAGAAAGUUACAGAAAGUAGACAGAUUAAGAGAGAAGAGUAUCCAGGAUUUAGGGGCAGUGGCAGAGAGAGCGUAUAACAACAGGGAAACCGCAGAGGAAAAACAGGUAAAAGCUGAUAACCACCAGACUCGAAACCUGGCUCGAAUUCUUCUGGCCACCACUGUGGGAGAGCUGAGGGAAUGUGAACGUCAUCUGAGAAAGAUUGUGGCAGAAGGACAAGGUAAGGGGGAACAUAGGGAUCGCCCCCGAUCGGGAAAGAACCAGUGUGCUUAUUGCAAAGAGGAAGGCCAUUGGGCCAGAGAAUGCCCUAAAAAGCCGGGAAGCUGCCCCAAGGCCCCCAUCCUGGCUAUGGAUGAACUGAGUGAUUAGGGGGGACAGGGCUUGGUGCCCCUCCCCGAGCCCAGGGUAACCCUUAAAGUGGAGGGGGAGCCCAUUGAGUUCCUGGAAGAUACUGGUGCUCAACAUUCAGUUCUGCUUAAACCACAUGGCCAUAUAUCUGACAAAACUUCCUGGGUCCAAGGAGCCACAGGCAUGAAAAAAAAUAUAUUCAUGGACUACCUGAAGAACGGUGGACUUGGGAUUGGGCCGGGUAACCCACUCAUUUAUGAUUAUACCUAAUUGCCCCAUCCUCUACUUGGAAGAGACUUGCUCACUAAGUUAGGAGCCCAAAUCCAUUUUCAGCCCGGGGGCACGGAGGUCCUUUACCAGGAGGGAAAGCCCAUCCAAGUGUUAACUAUGAGCCUUGAGGACGAAUAUCUGCUACAUCAGAAGCAGUCCCCUCCUGAUCCUGACUGGAACAAUGGCUUGCCAUGUUCCCGCGAGCAUGGGCUGAGACUGGGGGCAUGGGGCUGGCCGCACACAUGACACCUGUGUUCGUAGAGAUAAAGCCAGGAGUGGACCCUGCAUGAGUUCGCCAAUAUCCCGUGUCCCUAGAGGCCCACAAAGAAAUAACUCCACACAUCAGGACGUUGCUUGCUCAGGGUAUUCUAAGGCCCUGUCAAUCAGCCUGGAACACCCCCUUGUUGCCAGUGCGGAAACCCCACUCGGAUGACUAUUGACCAGUGCAGGACCUCCGUGAGCCUUCCGCUGGCACCCAAAAGCCAGCACAUCUUCGCAUUUGAAUGGAGUGACCCUGAGCAGGGCAUCAACGGACAGCUGACCUGGACCCAACUUCCUCAAGGAUUUAAAAACUCCCCCACCAUUUUUGACGAAGCUUUGCAUGAAGACUUGGGCUGGACAGAGGCUUUCCCCACCAAGCACGAAACAGCACAGACUGUGGCCAAAAAGCUUUUAAAAGACAUCCUACCAAGG